CGGAUCAACCAGACAGCAACAUCUCGUGCGGAUUGAGACGUGGAUGCCGCAAUGUCGACUAAACGCAGGAAAGUCUCUCAUGAGACUGGAGCCAUGAAGGAGGCUUCAAUCCAAGCCCCCAAGGACAAGCCAAAACCUCCGCCCGCACCAGAACCCACACAGUCGUCGAGCUCCGAAACCGAGUCUGCCACCAUGGACAAUACUUCAAGGCAGGAUGGCGGCAAUCCUGCCCCAAAGUCGUUCCGGGACCUGGGGAUCGUCGACUCGCUCUGCGACGCCUGCGACCGGCUGGGAUACAAGCGGCCAACCCCGAUUCAGGAGCAGUCCAUCCCCCUCGCCCUCCAAGGCCGCGACAUCAUUGGUAUCGCGGAGACCGGGAGCGGCAAAACUGCUGCGUUUGCUCUCCCAAUCCUCCAAGCUCUCCUCGACAAGCCGCAGCCCUUGUUCGCACUGGUCUUGGCCCCGACGAGAGAACUCGCGGCACAGAUCACACAAGCCUUUGAGGCGCUGGGAUCCCUGAUUUCGCUUCGGUGCGCUCUGAUUCUCGGCGGACUGGACAUGGUGCAGCAGGCGAUUGCUCUUGGCAAGAAGCCGCAUGUGGUGGUUGCGACGCCUGGGCGGCUCCUAGAUCACUUGGAGAAGACCAAGGGCUUCAGCUUGCGAAACCUCAAGUAUCUGGUGAUGGACGAGGCCGACCGGCUCCUCGACAUGGACUUUGGCCCCAUCCUUGAGAAGAUUCUCAAGUUCCUGCCUAGAGAAAGGAGGACAUUCCUGUUCUCCGCUACCAUGUCCAGCAAAGUCGAAAGCCUCCAGCGGGCCAGUCUGCGCGACCCGCUGAAGGUCAGCAUCUCAUCGUCCAAAUACCAGACUGUCGCGACACUCGUCCAAAACUACCUCUUCAUCCCGCACAUGCACAAGGACACCUACCUGAUCUACCUCUGCAACGAAUUCGCUGGCCAGACCAUCAUCAUCUUCACCCGUACCGUCCUCGAGACGCAGCGAAUAGCCAUCCUGCUCCGCACCCUCGGCAUGGGCGCCAUCCCGCUGCACGGCGGCCUCUCGCAGUCCGCCCGUCUCGGCGCCCUGAACAAGUUCCGCGCAGGCUCCCGCAAUAUCCUCGUGGCCACCGACGUCGCCGCCCGCGGUCUCGAUAUCCCCAAUGUCGACUGCGUCCUCAAUUUCGACCUGCCGCAGGAUUCCAAGACCUACGUGCACCGCGUCGGUCGGACGGCCCGUGCCGGCAAAUCGGGGCACGCCAUUAGCAUUGUGACGCAGUACGACAUUGAGAUCUGGCUCCGGAUUGAGGCAGCGCUGGGCACCAAGCUCACUGAGUACGCGCUGGAGAAGGACGAGGUCAUGGUGUUCAAGCCGCGGGUUGAGGAGGCGCAGCGGCACGCCAAGAACGAAAUGAAGCAGCUGAUAGACGAGCGGGGGAAGAAGGGGUCGGUGCUGAAGGGCGGCAAGGGGAGGAAGAGGGCGGCGCCUGCAUCGAGCCGAGAUGAUAUGGAUGCCGAGGAGGGUUGAUCAGCACUAAGUCUAUAGGGUUUCGAAGCUGAUAUUAAUCAUGGAUUUGGAGUUCUGUGGUUGGGGCGUUCUGAUAAGGAUCUUCACAUUGUCUAUCUCA